UCCUUUAGCAUGACCUCAAACGCGGCGGGGGCUGGGACCGCCAGUCAUUCUCCGUGCGAGGGCCGGGGCGGGAGGCAGGCGGGACCCAGCCCCGCCGCCAGCCCCACUUUUGUGGUGCCGCCGCCGUCGCGGUCUCCCCUUUCUCCGCGGGGCUGGCCGCGGGGCGGGCGAUGCUCCGGGCUCCCUGAGCCGCCGCAGCGCGUCCCCGGCCGAGGCGCCCCGCGGCUCCCCGCUCUGCCCCGCGUCCCCCCGGCCGCCGUCCCCGCGCCGCGCGGAGGUCGCGCAGGAUGCCGCGGAGGGCCGCGGAGGCGCCGCUGGCCCUGCUGCUGGCGGCGGCGUGGCUGGCGCAGCCCCUGCGCGGCGGCUACCACGGCGUGAGCAUGUUCGCCGUGCAGAGCGCCCAGCCCGACCCCUGCUACGACGAGCACGGGCUGCCCCGCCGCUGCAUCCCCGACUUCGUCAACUCGGCCUUCGGCAAGGAGGUGAAGGUGUCCAGCACCUGCGGGAAGCCGCCGUCGCGGUACUGCGUGGUGACGGAGAAGGGCGAGGAGCAGGUCCGCACCUGCCACCUCUGCAACGCCUCCGACCCCAAGCGCGCCCACCCGCCCUCCUUCCUCACCGACCUCAACAACCCGCACAACCUGACCUGCUGGCAGUCCGACAGCUACGUCCAGUAUCCCCACAACGUCACCCUCACCCUGUCCCUCGGCAAGAAAUUCGAGGUGACCUACGUCAGCCUGCAGUUCUGCUCGCCGCGCCCCGAGUCCAUGGCCAUCCACAAGUCCAUGGACUACGGCAAGACCUGGGUGCCUUUCCAGUUCUACUCCACGCAGUGCCGCAAGAUGUACAACAAGCCGAGCCGCGCCGCCAUCACGAAGCAGAACGAGCAGGAGGCGGUGUGCACCGACUCGCACACCGACGUGCGGCCCCUCUCCGGCGGCCUCAUCGCCUUCAGCACCCUGGACGGCCGCCCCACCGCCCACGACUUCGACAACUCGCCCGUGCUGCAGGACUGGGUGACGGCCACCGACAUCAGGGUGACCUUCAGCCGCCUGCACACCUUCGGCGACGAGAGCGAGGACGACUCCGAGCUGGCCCGCGACUCCUACUUCUACGCCGUGUCCGACCUGCAGGUCGGCGGGCGCUGCAAGUGCAACGGGCACGCGUCGCGCUGCGUCCGGGACCGCGACGACAGCUUGGUGUGCGACUGCAAGCACAACACGGCCGGGCCCGAGUGCGACCGCUGCAAGCCCUUCCACUACGACCGGCCCUGGCAGCGAGCGACCGCCCGGGAGGCCAACGAGUGCGUGGCCUGCAACUGCAACCUGCACGCGCGGCGCUGCCGCUUCAACAUGGAGCUGUUCAAGCUGUCGGGGCGCAAGAGCGGCGGCGUGUGCCUCAACUGCCGCCACAACACGGCGGGCAGGCACUGCCACUACUGCAAGGAGGGCUUCUACCGCGACCUCAGCAAGCCCAUCUCGCACCGCAAGGCCUGCAAAGAGUGCGACUGUCACCCGGUGGGGGCGGCGGGCCAGACCUGCAACCAGACCACGGGGCAGUGUCCCUGCAAGGACGGCGUCACCGGCAUCACCUGCAACCGCUGCGCCAAGGGCUACCAGCAGAGCCGCUCCCCCAUCGCCCCCUGCAUAAAGAUCCCAGCUGCUCCUCCCACCACGGCCGCCAGCAGCGCCGAGGAGCCCGCAGAUUGUGACUCGUACUGCAAAGCCUCCAAGGGGAAGCUGAAGAUCAACAUGAAGAAGUACUGUAAGAAGGACUACGCUGUCCAGAUCCACGUCCUGAAGGCAGAAAAGAACGCGGACUGGUGGAAGUUCACGGUGAACAUCAUCUCUGUCUACAAACAGGGCAGCAACCGCAUCCGGCGCGGGGACCAGACCCUGUGGAUCCACUCCAAGGACAUAGCCUGCAAGUGCCCCAAAAUCAAGCCCAUGAAGAAGUAUCUGCUGCUGGGCAACAACGAGGACUCUCCCGACCAGAGCGGCAUCAUUGCGGACAAAAGCAGCCUGGUGAUCCAGUGGCGGGACACGUGGGCCCGGCGGCUGCGGAAGUUCCAGCAGCGGGAGAAGAAGGGGAAGUGUAAGAAAGCCUAAAGGAGGAGGAGAGGGAGAGACUGACUGUGCAUGCUGCUUUGUGUAGAGCUGGGGCGGGCAGGGACCGGCUGCCAGGGCGGGCUGGGGGGACAGGGGGGCAGCGACCACGGCUGGGGGUGCUGGGCUUGCACCUCCUCUUCCAGGGAAGACAAAACCCAACGGGACCCAACAGGACCCAACAGGACCAAACAAAACCCAACAGAACCCAACCAAACCCAACAGAACCCAAUGGGACCCAAGAGAACCCAACAAAACCCAACAGAACCCAACAACACCCAAUAGGGUCUGAGAAAACCCAAUAGAACCCAACAGGACCCAACAGAACCCAACAACACCCAACAGGAUCCAAGAAAACCCAACAAAACCCAAUCCACACACGGACAGAAUCCACGAGUGGGGUGCAGGCCUGCAGCACCUGGGUCCCCCCAGCUCCCUCCUGCCCCGUUGCUGAAGAACUCAGAGACACCAAACUGCCUUCCAGCUGCCAACAUCUGCUGCCUCCAAAGCACGGCAUGGGCACAUCCACCCCGUAAGAAACUAAUCAACAGCACCGCUGGAAAUUAACCCCCCAUCCCCAAAACACGUGUUUGCAACUUAGGCUGACCGAGACAGUUCUUGUAGAGGAAACUAAACCGAGACUUUUGCUGAGGCCAGACCCGAGGAUGGGCAGACGGGGUCCUGGAGGGCUUUGGUGUCCAAGAGCCAUGGCCACCCCUGGUGCUGCCUGCGGCGGCCGAGGUCUGCAGCUGCGAUGAUGCUCUGGGGCCACUUCAGGCACAGCCAAGAGGGGACAAUGUUGGUGGGUGACUUCCUGCUGUGCAUCACUCUGGGAAUGGCUCCGUGCCCAGCCCCUGGCCCUGAGGAUGCUGCCCCCACCACACUGAAGGCGUGUGAGCCCACAGGGUGCCCUGUCCCCCUCCAGCACCCAUUUCCAAGGAGUCAGUAACCAGGAUCCCCAAGGAAACACCCAGACCUGACAAAAAAUGAGUUGGCAUCCAGUUCCCACAAAGUGCCCCAGAAGAUCAUGCCAGUCUCAGUCCCUGAAUCUCCACUGUGGCCAGCCCUGAACCUCCUCCAUGGGCUCUUCCCCUCUGCUGCUGUCAGCACACCAGGAACCCUCAGAUGGCAGAAGAUCCCUGCAGGUGCCACCAGGGUGCUGGCUGGUCAUGGUCCCACCCCCAGACUCAGGCAGCUCUCCCAAACCCACAGCAGCUCUGCCCUCGCUCCCUCUGGAGCUGCAGCCCCUGACAUCCCUGUGAAAGUCUUGGAGACAAAGUGGGAGCAGAGGGUGCCAGGGGCUGUCCCCACGGGCCAGUGCAGAGCUCUGGGGCCUGGCUGGGCCACAGCCCACACAGGGAAGGGGAAGGUGUGACCCACCUGCAGCUCUCCUCCCUCUGCUGGGGGGCAACCAGCCAAUUUACAAUUCCCAAUUUCCAGUCAUUAAUGCACUGAGCGCAGUGGAGGCUGCCUCACCUCAGACAGGAGCACCCUGUGGGCAGGACUGGCUCUGGAGCUGCUCCCCCCGUGCCAGGCUGCUCCCCCCGUGCCAGGCUGUUUUCUCCAUGCCAGGCUGUUUUCUCCAUGCCAGGCUGCUCCCCUGCCACAGCAGCCCCGGGGAAUGGGGAUUUCAAUCCCAGCUCCUCCAGGGAGAGCAGGAAUUCCUGGGCAGGAAGGCAGGGAGGGCAGGACGCUACCUGGAGGAGAAGCAAACAUUAGUCGCUAUGAAAAGCAAAACCUCCCUGCUAUUUUUCCUUUUAGGAAACUUGGAAACAUCUCUUUUAUGACAUUUUCCAGUGGUUUUGCCUUGUUUUAUAGCAAUGGACAAUAUUUAUAUAAUGACAUAAACCACCAUAAAGCAGGGCAGCCAUGUAAAUAGGUGCACAGAGGAGGCUCCCAGGGCUGCUGGAGACACCACCCGCAGGGACCCAGCUCUGCUCAGCCUCCCCUGCCACCACAAGGCUCCAAAAUUAAUCUGGGUAUUCAGAGAAAAAUCCCACCCUGGACAUCAAGCAACUCCCCCCACCAGGUCUGUGUGUUCUCCCCUUUCCAAACUGGAUUUGGUUUUCCUUAUCUCGGAGCUCAAGGAGAGCUGAGGGUUUUGCAGCCAAGGGAAGUGAAGCCACCAGGUUCUGAGGGAUAAAAUCUGACCUCAAGUGUCUAAAUGGAGGCUUAAAGCCCUAAAACAGGGCUUGGGUGCUCUCCUGCAGCCACCAUUUAGGUAACAGAAUCCAACCCAAAGCCAGCUCUCCACGUGGAGAGCAGCAGGAAAGGCCAGGGCAGCUGGGGACUCGGGAACUGCCCAGAGCACACCUGGGCACCCAAGGCUCACUCCCAGCUUCCACCCUUGCCAAGCCCAGCCUGGACACCCCAAACCCCCAGGGACACCCUCCAGCCCCUUCCCUGCUCCCACUGCUCCUGGAGGCUGCAGAAGACCCCCACCCCUGACCCCACGGCCAGACCCCCCCAGGUACUGCCACAACCCAGGGGGUUCAGAAGGGAAUGAGCUGGCACAGCAGGCAGGGUCCUGGCACAGCAGGCAGGGUCCUGGCACAGGGGGUGUCCCCCACACCUGUCCCUCUGUCCCCGAUGGAGUUCUGUGCUUCCCGGGCAGCCCAAGCCCUGACUCCAUCCUCGGUGCCCCUGCGCUGCCAGCAGCCCGACCUGCAGGAGCUGCUGCUGCACCUGGAGCAGCUCUGCAGCCAGGGCACUGCAGCCCUUCCUGCAGCAGCCCUGCGCCAGGACACCUCCGGGAGGGCACCUCUGCUGGCCCCCAGAGGGACAGGAUGUCCCUGGGGCCAGCAGGGACCCAGCCAGGGCCACCACGGGGACAGCAGUGGCACCCCCAGGACAGCGGCGAGGCCGGGAAGGGGCCGUGGUGCCUUCAGGGAGGCUUUGGAGAGCAGCUGAAAUGCCAAAACAAUCAUCAGCGACCGUAGCACCCGACACAAGUCGCUUGGUCUCGUUUCUGUUCGUCCGUCCUGUCCGUGCCCCUCCCGCCCCCGCCUCACCCCUCACAAACCUGUGUUCGUUUUGGGGUUAUUUUGUUGAUUUUUUUUUUUUUUUUUUUUUUUGUUAUUUCUGUUAAUAUCUUGAACUGUAAAUGUUGUUUAGUUAUGACCAUGGCAGACUGCUUUGGGCGAUGUUUCUUUACAAUGCAUACUAAUAUAUUAUGGUUAUUAUAUAUGAAUAUAUUUAAUGACACGUGAAAAAGUUGUGGAUUUUCUUAUUGUUUUUCUGAGUUGUUUCUUUUUUUUCCCCCUUUUUUUUCCCCUUUUGUUUGUUUGUUCGUUAGAUUGGCUGUAAUUGACCCGAAGGAGCUUGUAACUGUUCAGCACCCCCUCGGUAGAACUAAAGUCAGAAACCAGUUGAAUAAACUCUUGUAAACUGUAAAAA